AUGUUUUUCGAUGCACUUUCGUCACUGAACAUUACCAAGGUGCUAUCGGACUAUCUGCUUCUAGUGAGCAACUCCGUGCGCAGGCAGUUCAAUCCAUCAUCAGCUGCAGUACCAUCGUCGCCCUUGCCAGGAACAGUAGACAGCCCAGCAGCACCGGCUGGCCACGAGGGUGGUGAAAGUGUCGGUGAAUCUGUCGCGUACGAGUUGAAUCUACUGAACACCGGUUGGUGUUUCCUGUGCGAAACUUUGCAGCUUGCAAAGUUUGCUCUUGGCAGCGGCGCACGGUGGUUGGAUUUUACGGAUUUUCAGCUGUUUUUGCUGCAGAUUUUCUCCACAAUUCUAUUGGGGCUGGUGGUGUUACUCGCGCUAUCCUGGUGCAAGUACGGCAACCGAAUAACGAAUCGCUUUAUUCGUCCCAGUACAGCAAAAGAAAUCGAAGAGUUGAAGCUUUCCGUUGCCCGGUUGAAUCUGCCCAAGGAACAUACGCCAAGAAUUUAA